GUCCGGGUAGGACGGAAAUGACCAUGGGACGAAAUAUAAGCCGGCUGCCACCCUAAGUGAUCCUCGGGUUUCUUCCAUCACUGCCCCAUUACUCCGGUUUCCCGUAGUGUAGCCCUCGUCGGCCCUGUUCCAGCGAGGUGUCUUUGCUUGUCCUCUAGUCGCAUUCGGCCAAAGACAACCAGGAAAACGAGUACCGAGCUCGAACGACCGUCAAGAUGCAGUACAACAAGGAGACGAAACCGGCAGAGUCGCCGCCGCGCUCCCUCGAGCAUGCGACCGAGGUCCAUCUCCCGGCCUACGAUGACGAUGCACCCGUCGAGUGCCCCCCUCACACCACCGAGUCCAAGCUCAUUACCAAGAUCGACUUCCGUGUGAUCCCGUUCUUGUGUAUCAUGUACCUAUUGGCCUUCCUGGACCGAGUGAAUAUCGCCAACGCCAAUGUCUUUGGCCUCUCCAAGGAGCUGGGCCUCACCGGCACCCGCUACAACAGCGCUCUCGUCGUCUUCUUUGUGCCCUACGUCCUCUUCGAGAUCCCCUCCAACAUACUCCUCAAGAAGUUCAAGCCCCAUGUCUGGCUCAGCAUCAACAUGUUCGGCUUCGGCCUCGUCACCCUGCUCCAGGGUUUUGUGCAGAACUACGCCGGCCUGUGCACGACGCGCUUCUUCCUGGGUGUUUUCGAGACGGGCAUGUUUCCGGGAGCUUUCUACCUUAUCGGGAUGUGGUACCGUCGCAACGAGGCCCAGCGCCGCUACUCGUUUUUCUUCAACAGCACCACCCUCGCGGGCGCCUUCGGCGGUCUCCUCGCAGCGGCGAUCGGCAAGAUGGACGGCGUCGGCGGCUACUCUGGUUGGCGCUUCAUCUUCAUUCUAGAGGGGGCCUUGACUGCUGUCGUUGCCAUCUUCUUGUUCUUUUGCCUGCCUGAUUUCCCCGAGGACGUUAAAUGGCUCACCGAUGAUGAGAAGGCUUUUGUCUCUGCCCGCCUGCGCGCGGACCAGGGCAAUCCCGCUGCCGAGCGCAACAUCACUCUGCGUGAUGUCGGACGAGUCUUCAAGGACUACAAGAUUAUCCUAGGAGGGUUAAUGUACUUCGGCCUCGUCGUCACGGCUUACGGAUACGCCUACUUCGCACCCGGCAUCUUCCAGACGUAUGGGUACAGCCCUAUCAAGACGCAGCUGCACAGCGUGCCCCCUUGGGUUGUGGCCUUUGUUUUUUCGAUGUCUUUUGCUUUCCUCUCGGAUAGGACGCGGCAUCGAUUCGGCUUUGCCGUUGCCGCGAUCUGUGUGGCCAUCGUCGGCUACGGGAUUCUCAUUUCCAUCCAUGACAACACGCCUGUGCAGACCUUCGGCCUGUACGCUGUAGCUUCAGGCGCUUAUACGGCAAUGCCGAUCAUUGUUUGCUGGUUCAAUAUGAAUCUUGGUGGUCAUCACCGGCGGUCGAUUGGAAGCGGCUGGCAAGUCGGCUUUGGUAACAUUGGUGGCAUCAUUGCCGUCUUUGCUUUCCUGAAAAAGGAUGCUCCCAAGUUCAUCCCCGGGUAUAGCAUCAGUAUAUCCUUCGUCAUCCUCAGUGUCUUAUCUUGUUUGGCGUAUGCUGCCGCCUGUUGGUCGGCAAACAAAGAGAGAGAUAGAACUGCUGGCGAGUCUACGUUGACCCAAGAAGAGAAAAUCGAAUUAGGGGACUUGUCUCCUGACUACAGAUAUCUUCUAUAAGAUUCUUUGGGGGGAAAGAUAGAUAGAAGAGAGUGCAUAGAGCAGCAUAUUUGGAGUCGGUGGAGUAAUUACACUCAAUGCUAAUGCAUUUGGAUGCGUCGAUUUAGGGAGCUUUUAUUGCAAAAGGGCGACGAUGACAGGCACCGUUAUCGUUGCAUCAUUCUAUGUUGUUAACGUAUCCGUACUCAAGUCCGAUUCGUUUAGAGUCGAAACUACACAAACUGGAAAGAAUUCUGAGGGCAGGUUUUCUUAUCUGGGACAAUGUUCCUCCGCGC